CCGCGCCGCUUGUGACACUCCUUUCAUGCGGGAAGCAGACAGGCCAGAUCGCGAAAGUUUUUGCCCAAAGCCAGUUAGAAGUCCUACUGGCCCUUGAACCCGGUCCUUGGAUCCCCAGCCCAGUGCUCAGGCGCGCUGUGGCCUGGACAGGAUUUAAUGUCAGCGGAGUCCCCUGGGGUCCGGUCUGAACCGCCCUCCCCGCUAUCCCCGCGCCCUCUUGCAAUCAAGAAUCAGAACCCAGAGCUUUCCAGAACAGCAGCAGCAACUAUGGCCCCAACCUGGGUGCCCGCUGUGGGCUUCACACUGGCGCCCAGCCUGGGCUGCUUCCUGGGCUCCCAUUUUGUCCGUGGCGAGAAUCUCCGCUGGUAUGCCAGCCUGCAGAAGCCUGCCUGGCACCCGCCCCGCUGGGCACUGGGCCCCAUCUGGGGCACGCUCUACUCAGCCAUGGGGUAUGGCUCCUACAUGGUCUGGAAAGAGCUGGGGGGCUUCUCAGAGGAAGCAGUGGUUCCCCUGGGCCUCUACACCGGCCAGCUGGCCUUGAACUGGGCAUGGCCCCCUAUCUUCUUUGGCGCCCGGCAGAUGAGUUGGGCCCUGGUGGACCUUCUGCUGACCAGUGGGGCAGCGGCAGCCACCACUGUGGCCUGGUACCAGGUGAGCCCACCAGCUGCCCGCCUGCUCUACCCCUACCUGGCCUGGCUGGCCUUUGCAACUGCGCUCAACUAUUGUGUAUGGCGGGACAACCGCAGCUGGCGUGGGGGCCGCCGGAUCCCGGAAUGAGUGCCUGGCCUGCUGAGGACUGUGACUGCCAUGAGCAGGUGCCAUUGGUGGUGGUGGCUGUCAUGCUUUUACACUCACUGUACCUGCUGCUCUGUCUGGGUCUCAGCCCAGGGGUAGCACAGCUUCAGAGAUG